CCAUCCUCCAUCCCUCCUUCAUCAGACUCCCAAGCGAGAGACAACGAGAAGACCCAAAGAACUUAUUCCACGCUCUUCAGAGAAACUCAAGGCUUCUGAGAAGGAUGGGAUCGGCAGGAAUACAGAUCGUGUGUGUGGGUUUGGGAAUUCUGGGCCUCAUCGCUGCCAUCGUCACCUGCGUCCUCCCCAGCUGGAAGGUUUCCUCCUUCACUGGACAGAACAUCAUCACGGCACAGGUGCAGCAGGAAGGCCUGUGGAUGGAGUGUGUGUACCAGAGCACAGGCCAGCAGCAGUGUAAAUCCUACGAAUCACUGCUGAUCCUGGGCUCGGACAUCCAGGCAGCUCGUGCCAUGACCAUCGUGUGCUGCAUGGUGUCAGCGCUCUCCCUGCUGGUGCUGUUUGCUGGCGCUGACUUCACCACGUGUGUCGAAAACGAGGACGCCAAGCCGAAAAUCUGCCUGGUGGCAGGUGUGGGCAUGCUCAUAGCAGGCAUCCUGCUCAUCAUCCCCGUCAGCUGGACAGCCAACAACGUCGUGAGCAACUUCAACAACCCGCUGAUGAACCCGGCGAACCGCAGAGAGCUCGGGCCAUGCAUCUUCAUCGGCUGGGCCGGAGGAGUGCUCCUCCUGCUGGGCGGAGGACUGCUGUGCUGCUUCAGCCGCCCGCGAUCCGGAGGCUCUGGAGGCACGGCCAAGUACUACAGCAACAGUGCCUCGGCUCCAGCUAAAAACUACGUCUAGGACAAGUAAAUCUCAAACCUCAUAAGUCUGUAAAUAUGACAUUUCCAGGAUAAUGAAAAAAUAUAACAAUGUCUAUGUUCAUUUACAUUCUUUUUUCUUUUUUUUUUUUUUUUUUGCAAAUCGCUGCUGUCAUGAGAAAACAUCAUUUAUAUAGCUGUAAAUCUUUAAAAAAAAAAAAAAAAAAAAAACACGUUUCAGCAUGUUUUUUUUUUUAAAUGCUGCGUUCAGAACAGCUGGAUUUUUGCAUGACAGCACUGAAAUGAUGUAUUUUAUGAUAUUUAGCUUCAUUAAGAGUCUGUAAGUCGGCGAAGUUUCAGGUAAACCCGUCCUGUAAGAGCAGCUAAAGCUGAACACAAGUCAGGAUUUAGUCAGAGACUUGGUGUAGAAAAGCUUUUUAGACCUGUGUGAGAUGUAAUACACGUGAUCAGCUGUGUGUAACGUCGCUUUGUAAUGAUAAAAUAGUAAAACUGUAACAUCAUGGCUUUGCUUUUUUUUUUUAUAUUUGAUUAAAAUAAACAUUCCUAAUACUUUAA